GAGGCCGCUGGCGCUCGCCGACCCCGCGCCCUCCCCGUUCCGGGCGCCCCGAGCUUCGCAGAGCGGUCACGGCUGCGCCUGCCGCCGCCGCCGCCCCGGAUCCCCGGCGCGCGGGCUGAGGGGCGGCGGCGUCCGCCUCAUGCCCGCAGUGGAGAGCGGCGAGAGGGGAUUCUCGGUGUCCCAGGGCCGGCUGCCGCGGACGCCUUUUCCCUUUCCCCUCAGGCACGGCUCGGGACGGGAGACGGCUGCGUCGCCUCCCAGCUCCCGCGCGCUGCAACAGUUACCUCACGGCCGCAGCCUGGUCCGUUGGGCGCGCGAUCGGGCGCUCCUCCCCCGCGGCUGCCCCUGCCGGGCGCGCGCCCCGCCGGCGGCCCCGCGCGCUCCUGUGACUCGGCUUGACGCCUCUCGGGCGGCAGCCGCCCGCGUCAGGAUGCGCAUCCGGGACCCCGCGGGUGAGCGCGUGCCCGCGGCCCGUUUGGUCCCUCCAGUGAGACAGCCAUCGCGUCUGGCUCCCAGACUCGGACACCUGGGGGAGCGCCCUGUGGCCACGGAGAGCUCGACUGCUGAAGUUGGAUCACGUACCCCCCCCCCCCUGGGACUGCCACAGAGCGAUGAGCUCUGGACCCCAAGGGCAGUGCCUAGUGAGACAAGCAUAGUUUCUUCAACUCUGGCCAUACCAGCAAAUCUGAAGGAUCACAGCCACGAUGGUGGCAGCCUACCACCGUUGACACUGAACUUGUGGUUAAUUGUGGAGUUCUGCCACAAAACCACCUCACUACCACAAGCUGGAUACUUGCCCAGGAGAGUGACAAACUGCCAGGCAGAGCAAUCUCUGGGAGGCAGCAAGAGCAAAAUGCUUUGGACACCAGACAGCAGUCAUUUCUGGAUCCCAAACAGAGCUAUUUGCAAGUCAGCUUGUUCUGCUAAACCUGCUUAAAGUUUAUUCAUGCUGUUUUUGAAGAGAAACUCAAGAGAAUUUACAAAUAAAUUCUUAGAUACAUUA